AUGGCCGACAUCCUCACCCAGCUCCAGACCUGCCUGGACCAAGCAAGUGCCCACCACCCCAGUCAACUCAUGCUGCUGGCAACGCAAUUCUAUGCGACUUUGGGGUAUCUCACAACAUACCACGACAACGCCCCCGCAACACCCCCACCCAAUGUCCCCGACGCCGCACCCGCCCUAGCCAAGAUAGCCAAAAACACCACCUCGCCCCCGGUGCCAGCCUCGAUCGCCGCAUCGACAGGCGGAGCAGCAGGCAGCGCCGCCCAGCAACAAGCCUCGCCCCCUCUCGCACCUCCCCAACAACCCAACGCAGCCGUCGGGACAGCAGCUCCCGAAGGUGAGGACAUCAACCAGCCUCCGACGCCGGACUCGCCGCGCACGUUUGCUAGUCGACAACGUGAGCUGGCGCGCGAUCUUAUUAUCAAGGAGCAGCAGAUUGAGUACCUCAUCUCUGUGCUUCCUGGGAUCGGGGCCUCCGAGGCGGAGCAGGAAGCCCGUAUUCGGGAGUUGGAGGUCCAGCUGCGGGAUGUGGAGAAGGAGCGCGCGGGUAAAGUGCGUGAAUUGAGAAAAUUGAGGGACAGGCUGGAGAAUGUGUUGGGUGCUGUUUCUGUGGGGGUUUAUGGGGAGCGCGAGUAUCAGAAGUGA